CUGAUUUGUCAAAUUGUCAAAAGAGCACAAUUUUGGUAAUCAACAAGAGCUGUUUUGACAUUAUUAUGUGGCUGUUUCACUUGUACUGGUGUUAUUCCUGAUUUUAUCAGAGAUGGAGAGGGAUAGUGUAGAUGACUUCCCUCAAGAAAAUAGAACAGCUAAUCCAGCACCAACACUGCGACAAUUAUGCUGAUUUUGAGUCCGUGGAAAGGUUUAACUUGGGCGGAAUCUUUAAAGGGAACCUCGGGUGUGGCUGUUUAACCUGUACUGUCUCAUAUGGAACCAGAUGCAGCACACAACUCAUUUGUGAAUAGAUCUUAGAGAGAGGAACCAUGUGUUUGAACACUGGCCAUCCAUGCAACUGUUUGACUGAUGGCAAUCCCUGUGAACCAUGCAGGAUGGUGAUUAAAGACAAGAAGACAGAGGAGGCCCAGCUGUCCAACAAAAUCAAUGCACCUGGUCAAGCAGGGAGCACAUGUGAACCCGACCUGAACAUCUCUUCCAGUGGAGUCGUGAAGGAGCGGAGUCGAAACUGGGGAUGGAUGCUGUCUGGGAUCAUUUGUGUAAACAUUUUGAUCCUGGGCUGUGCCUUGGUCAGCGGCAGUGCCUACAACAAGGUAGACAUCAGCACCCCUGACCUGCAGGUUUUCCUCAUCAUCCUCCUCCUUUUCACCUCCAUCUGGAUGCUUUAUUAUACCAUCUAUAUGGCCAGGAAAGAAAACGCUGUUGUUUACAAGGAUGGUCAUGCUGGACCUGUAUGGCUUAGGGGAGGACUUGUGCUAUUUGGACUUCUCAGUAUUGUCAUGGACAUUUUCAAGAUAGCCAGCUAUGUGGGCUACCUCCACUGCGAUUCCGCUGUUAAAGUUGUAUUCCCAGGGGUGCAACUUGUUUUCAUACUUGUGCAGGUAAAAAUGCCUAAAAAUGCCAAUUACAAAGAAAUUAGAAAUGUACUAAAGUCUUUAUCAUUGCAAAAUAUUAAAUAUAAUUGUGCAAUCAAUUGGCAGACAUACUUUUUGUGGAUCCACGCUAAGGACUGUGUGCAGAUACAAAAAAACGUUACACGCUGUGGGCUGAUGCUCACCCUCUCCACAAAUCUAGUUGUGUGGAUGACUGCGGUCACUGAGGAAUCCCUUCACCAAACAACAGUUCCCAACCAUCCGAGCAACACCACUAAACUCUCUGGACGAAGCAUGUACAUCAACAAAGUGGGUUAUGGAGACAAUACAUGCAAGUGCAGCCACACUUCAUGUAGCAUCUUCAAGGUGGCCUACUACUACUUGUACCCCUUCAACAUCGAGUACAGUCUCUUUGCCUCUGCUAUGGCCUACAUCUUGUGGAAAAAUGUCGGUAGAGUAGUAGACGAACAUGGCAACCACCGCAUCAAAUUCUGUCUGAAGGAUGUUUUUCUCGGUCCUGUGGCAGGAAUUCUCUUAGUGGUGGCGGGUCUGGCAACCUUCAUUGUAUAUGAGAUGGAAAUGCAAAAAGACAAUAAUGAUGAUGACAAGAAAGACAACGCAGUGAUGAUGCACUUGGUCAUGAACAUAGUGACAGUGACCCUGAUGUCUGUCUCCACUGUGAUCGGCUGUGCUAUCUACAAGGUGGACCACAGGGAGCAUGUAUCGGAGAAAAACCCCACUCGCAGCCUGGAUGUGGGGCUGCUGGUGGGAGCCUCACUGGGACAGUUCAUCAUCAGCUAUUUCACUAUCGUAGCCAUGGUUGCAACUGGAGCUCAAGGCCACCUGAACAGGCUCAACCUGGCCUGGGGUAUCCUGAUGGUGAUCCAACUUGGUCUGCAGAACUUUUUCAUCAUCGAAGGUCUGCAUCGGGAGCCCUUCCACGUGGUUCACCCGAUCACUGUGGUUGUGAAUCCGUAUGUGCUACAGCCAAGCAAAGAUCUGAGCAAAGAUCUUGAAGGAUCAAACAUGGACACAAAGUCCAGCCCAGUACUCACAGCACACAGCCUGCACGGCCACACGGCUGAGCAUAGACCCAAACUGCUGUGGAAGAGACGGGUGUUGAAGGAGGUCUGUGUGUUUCUGUUGCUGGGCAACGUCAUACUGUGGAUCAUGCCAGCAUUUGGUGCUCGUCCCCAGUUUGACCACAACACUGAAACUGAAUUCUACAAAUUCAACAUGUGGGCCUCUGUUGUGAAUAUUGGACUUCCUUUUGGCAUCUUUUACCGUAUGCAUUCAGUCGCCAGUCUGUUUGAGGUUUUUCUGACCUCAUAAUGCUGCAGGAGCAUAUGCUGUACAAUGUUGACAUUAUAAAGCUGUUUUGUUUAAAUUGUAGCUCAUUUUGAUAAUGCUUUGUUAUUUCUCUUUAAAGUUGUGAAGUAGAUAUUGACCUUGAUGUCUGAUUAUAGCCUGUGUAAAUGUGUCAAAAUGUUAUUUUCAGAAGUUAAAAAAUAAUUGAUUGUGAAAGCUAAUCUUGUAUGACUAAUUUUAUGCUUCAGCCUCUGUAUACACAAAAUAAAGGCAAGCAAUACACGCCGAGUAAAAGAGAAUGA